AUGAGCAUGGUGGUACCAGGGAUAAAGCCAUUGAUAAGCCAGGCAUUGAGAGUUCGUGGUAGGUCGUGCUACUCGGUACAGGCAGGAAGAGAGUUCAAAGCCAACACGAUUCAUGACAUUCAUGAGAAAUAUUGCAGAGGAGCUCCUCUAAGUAUGUGUACCGCUUACGACUAUAUUACGGCCAAUUGGGUCCAUGAUUCGAACUGUGAUAUGCUGCUUGUCGGAGACUCUUUGUCGAUGACUUCACUUGGAUACGAGUCUACUACAGAUCUACCUUUCGAAGAAUUCAAGUAUCAUCUACGGUCCGUUUGCAGAGCUCGUGGCCCAGCACUGAUUGUGGCAGAUAUGCCCUAUGGUAGUUUUGAAGCCAGCUUGGAACAAGGUAUUUCAAAUUCGAUUGAGGUCAUGAAAUUGAGCAGCAGAGUGACAUCUCUAAAGUUCGAAGUUGGUCUGCAUACGAAGGAUCAAUACACAUUGAAUCUAGUCAGGGAGCUGACCUCUAGAGGCAUACCAGUAGUUGGACAUAUUGGUCUCACUCCACAGAAGGUCCAUUCGCUGGGCGGGUACAAAGUCCAAGGCAAUAAGAGCCUUAACGAGAUGAUAGAACUUCAAGAAACCGCUAUGAUGCUGCAGAAAGCUGGAUGCUGGUCAUUGGUUCUUGAGUGCGUACCUCAUAAGCUAGCUCAAUAUCUCACAUCCCAACUUUCCAUUCCGACGAUUGGUAUCGGUGCCGGAAGCGGUACAAGCGGCCAAGUUCUUGUGAUAAGCGAUCUUCUUGGUAUGCAGGGUUCUAACGUUCCUAAAUUUGUUAAGCAAUACACCAACCUGCAUGAGGAAGCAGUAAGAGCUAUCAAAGGCUACAAUGCGGAGGUUCAAGAAAAGAACUUCCCAAAUCAAGAUCUGCAUACGUUCAAAAUCAAAGAAAGCUUGUGGAAGAAUUUCAUGGAGGAGAUAGAAGAUCAACCUCGUCAUUAA